CUCUAGACUUGAGUUGGGAAGCGGAGUUUGGGGAGAAGGAGGGUUUGAGAGCAGAUGUGUCCACAUCACCUAUCGCCGGUGUUUAAAUUAUAGUCGACUGUUCUUCUUGUGUAGCCUACAUCAUAAUCUGGUCGGAGUGAAAGUGUCAACUAAUAGAUUUUGGGCUCAUUAUGAAACAGAGCAGGAGUCGCCAACAUUGACAGUAAGGAGCUGUCUCGUUUGGGGCUGAAGUCGAGGCUCCAGUUACUUAGAAAGAGAAGGAGGGGGAGAAGAAAGGAGGAGGAGCGGGAGUGAAAGGAUGGAGCAUGCCCACAGUCUGCUCCUGGACGAGGAGGCCUGCAGCCAGCUGGGGGAGCACCAAAGGGCCGAGUUUGUCUUCGAGUGGCUCCGCUUUCUGAAGAAGCUCCUUCCUGCUGCCGACAGGGCGGAUGUGAAACAGAACCAGAAGCGCUUGGUUGAGCAGCUGACUUCAGUUCUGAUAUGCUCCCCAGGCCCUCCGACACGUUGGGUGUUGGCUGACUGCCUGGCCCUGCUCUACAAGCUAGGAGACUCCCUCUCUUCCAGUCUCACUGUCGACAAAUGCAAUGACAUCAUUCGCAGCAAAGAUGACUCUCCCAGCUUCCUGCCCACAAGACUGGCUGCCAUCGCCUGUCUGGGCACCCUCUACGAACAGCUGGGUCGCAUGCUGGCCAACUCCUUCAAGGAGACCCUGGGGAACCUGCUUAAGGCCAUGAAGAAUGCAGAGUCCCAGGGCCGGUAUGAGAUCAUGCUAAGCACGGAGAAGAUCCUGCGUGGGCUUGGCGUGAGCGCCGUUCCAUGUCACAGGGACAUCUACAAGGCCACACGCAUGUGUCUGACCGACCGCUCCAUGGCUGUGCGCUGCGCUGCCGCCAAGUGUCUGCUGGAACUACAGAGGGAAGCAGUGUUCCUGUGGACCUCAGAGCUGGAGAACGUUGCCACUCUCUGCUUCAGGGCCUUCGAGGGCUCCAACUAUGACGUGAGGGUGGCUGUAGCCCGGCUGCUGGGAACUUUGCUCGCCACGGCCGUGGAACCCAAACAGCCCACCGCAGCCCUCAGGCAGAGCUCCAAGCGGACCUCGUUGGAGGAGGUGAUGGACCUGCUGACAGGUGGUUUCCUGAGAGGGGGGGCUGGCUUCCUGCGGGCCAGUGGAGACAUGCUGAAGGGAACAAGCUCUGUCAGCAAGGACAUCAGGAUAGGUGUCACCCAGUCUUGCGUGGUGUUUAUUUCCUGUCUGGGCGGAGCCUGGCUGGAGGCCAACUUCCCUAUGCUCCUGUCUCUGCUGAUGGAACUGGUGUCUCACGGGCGCGCCACACAGGCGCCUGCCGACGCCGUGGUUUGCCGACGCUGCGUCUCCUUCGUGCUGCGUGCCAGCCUGGGCUCCCUGCUGGGGGAGAAGGCCCAGAUCGCCGCCGCCAAGGAGAUCUGCCAGGCCGUCGGCAGGCAGAAGAGAGCCAUAGAUGCGGCGAUGAGUGAUGGGAACAUGGAGACCCGGGUCAGCCCUGCCGACGUGGCAGCCAGUCAGCAUGUCCUGGUGUGUGCCCUGCUGGAGCUGGGAAGUCUGGUACAGGGACUGGGGUCCACCGCAGCCCCACUCAUCACAGACGCCAGCACGGCCCUCCUGGACACGGUCAUCUCCGUCUUGCUCCACCCCAGCGCGUCAGCUCGUCUCGCUGCUGCCUGGUGUUUGCGCUGCGUUGCCAUGGCGAUGCCGUCCCAGGUUGCCGUGCUACUGGACCGCUGCACCGAGAGGCUCGCCGCCCUCAAGUCCUGCCCCGAGGCCGUGGCCGGGUACAGUGGUGCCAUCGCCGCCCUGCUGGGGGCCGUGCAACACUGCCCUCUGGGCAUCCCCCACACUAGAGGACAGGUGGUGCUGGGCCUGGCUGAGGACCUUCUCCGCUCAGCCACUCAGAACAGUCGGAUCUCCAUUCCGAGGACUCAGGCUGGCUGGCAGCUGCUUACUGCUCUCUGUACCCUUGGCCCAGCGGUGGUGGAGCACCACCUGCCCCGGCUGCUGCUUCUGUGGAGGUGUGCCUUCCCGCCCUCCAUCAGGGAGCUGGACAUGGAGCUCCGUCGUGGGGACUACUUCACCUGGCAGGUCGCCCUGGAGGGCCGCGCCGGAGCGCUCUGCGCUAUGAGAAGCCUGGUCGCUCACUGUUCGGACCUUCUCACCGAUGACGUCAUCAGCCGGAUGCUCACUCCAUUGGCCUGCGCCGUGGCACUGCUCACCAAGGUACCUUCUCUCAUCAAGUCCUAUGGGAAUCAGAUAAAGGGGUCGUCCGUUGUCUUCAGACUGAGAGUGUACGAGAUCCUGGCUCUGCUGCCUCCAAAGAUCUAUGAAGAGAGUUUUGGGGUGGUGGUGAAGCAGCUGGUGUUGGAUCUCACAGCCCAGGAGAACUCUGGCUGUUCGGAGCUCACUCUGAUCCCCCCCCUCUGCCACGCCCAGGACCUGGCUCUGCUGGGGCCCGCGCUGCAGGACAUGGACCAGAGAUACAUAGAGGAGCAGCUGCAUGGCAGCAGUGUUGGAGGAGGCACUCUGGAGUAUGACCCCUUCACCAUCAGUCUGAAGCAGGAGGAAGUGCCCGCCCCCCUCCCCCCUGCAGCCGCCCUCACCUCUGCUGCCGUCCAGCUGUUUGGAGUCAUCUUCCCCCACAUCAUCAUCCCUCAGAGGAGUCAGAUUCUGGAGCAGUUCAUUGAGACGGUGACUCAGCUGAAGGGAGUGAGACAGCAGAUCGUCCAGACCCAUGUCUCUGCUGCCCUCUGCAGUGUUCUCAAGCUUCUGGGCUGUAGUCGAGGUACGCUUGGUCCUGAGGAGGUGCGGCGUCCUGCUCUGGCUCUCCUGGUGGGGGCGCUAGAGAGCAGCAGCUCUGUGCUGCGCUGCAUGGCGGCUGAGGGCCUGGCUCGCCUGGUGCAGGUGGUCAACGACCCAGGCUUCACCGUCUCCAUGACGCUGAGCAGCUUUGACAAGCUGAAGAGUGCCAGGGACGCGGUGACACGCACGGGUCAUGCUCUGGCCCUGGGGACCGUGUACCGGUAUGCCGGGGGCAUCAGCUCACCCCAGCAUCUCAGCGCCUGCGUGGGCAUCCUCUUCACCCUCUCCCAGGACAGCACCUCACCUGAAGUCCAGAUGUGGGCUCUCCACUCCCUGUCCAUGGUGAUAGACCUGGCUGGUCCCCUGUACCACAGCCAUCUGGAGGCCAGCUUCACCCUGGUCCUGCGCCUGCUGCUCUCCAUCCCUCCCACACACGUAGAGGUGCACCAGAGCCUGGGGAGAUGUCUCAACUCUCUCAUCACCUCCCUUGGCCCAGACCUGCAGGGUGAGGGCGCAUGCGUCUCUGCACUGCGGGCCUCGUGCCUUGUGGGCUGUGAAGUGAUGCAGGACAGCCCAGACUGUCUAGUCCAGGCCCAGGCCAUCUCCUGUCUGCAGCAGCUCCACAUGUUCGCGCCCCGACACGUCAACCUGGCCAGCCUGGUACCCACCCUCUGUGAGAUCAUGUUGGAUUAUUCUAUGUUGGUAAACCUGUGUAGUUCCUACUUGUCCCUGCGCCGUGCCGUGGUAGCCUGCCUAAGACAGCUGGCCCAGAGGGAGGCGCUAGAGGUGUCGGAGCACGCCAUAGCUCUGGUCAAGGAGCUGCCACGCAGAGACAACACACAGCUGGAUGUGACCAUUAAGGAGGUGGGCCUAGAGGGGGCUCUGUUCAGCCUGCUGGACCGGGAGUCAGACCCCCGUCUCCGCAGGGACAUCCAGGAGACCCUUGUCCACAUGAUGGGGUCCAUCUCAGCUGGCAAGCUGUCCCACUGGCUCAAACUCUGCAAGGACGUCCUCUCUGCAUCCGCAGACUCCCGUGCCCCAGUGGAGACCACCCAGGAGGAGGAGGGAGAGAAGGACGACGACGCCUCUGUCUUCCACGCCAAGUCGGACUCCAGCGGGCCCUUCACCAACCUGCGCUGGUCCACGCGCGUCUUCGCCGUGGAGUGUGUGUGCCGCAUCAUCGCCCAGUGCGAGCACGGAAACCCCGCCCACUUCGACAUGGCACUGGCCCAAGAGCUCCGCCUUCACGAGUCCACUGACUUCCUGGUUCUCCACCUGGGCGACCUGGUGCGCAUGGCGUUCAUGGCUGCCACUGACCACAGCGAGCAGCUGCGUCUGUCCGGCCUGCAGACCCUCCUGGUCAUCAUCCGCAGGUUCUCCUCCAUCCCGGAGCCCGAGUUCCCCGGCCACGUGAUCCUGGAGCAGUACCAGGCCAACGUAGGAGCUGCCCUCAGACCUGCCUUCACCCCUGACGCUCCGCCCCAUGUCACAGCUAAAGCAUGCCAGGUGUGCAGUGCGUGGAUCGCCAGCGGCGUGGUGAGCGACCUCCGGGACCUGCGGCGUGUGCACCAGCUGCUGGCGUCCUCGCUGAUCAAGGUGCAGGCUGGGAAGGAGACGCCGAGCCAGCUGUACAACGAGGCCACCGCUACCAUGGAAACGCUGGCCGUGCUCAAGGCCUGGGCGGAGGUGUACAUUGUAGCUGUGCAGACUAGCAAACAAAAGGAGAGUUCUGAUAGGUUCGCUGACCUGGCUGGACCCCCUCCGUCCAGUGAGGGCUCAGUAUCUGGAGCUGGGGUGGCAGGGCUGCUGAAGCUAGUUCAGUCAGACCUGGGCACGCUGAGCCGUCUGUGGAUGGCAGCACUACAGGACUACGCCCUGCUGACCCUCCCCCAAGACUACAACUCCCAGCUUCCUGCCGCAGGUGGUUCUUUCUACACGGCAGAGACGGUGGAGCAGGCCCGCCCGCACUACAGCUGCUCGUGGGCGCCGCUGCUCCACGCCACGGCACUCUGGCUCCACAGCACCGGUUUCAUCAUGGUGGACGACGGCCCCGCCAACCUGUCCAGACCUGUCACCCCCACCUCCAUGGGGCAAUCCACCUCCCUGGCCUGCGUCAAGUCCCCCGAGGACGUCAGCGCAGACCGCCUGAACCUUAUAUUAGGUAUCAGUGUGGAGUUCCUGUGCUCGCCCCACUCCCAGGACCAGAUGGAGAACAUCAAUUCCUGUCUGCUCGCCCUGCAGGCUCUACUGGACGUCUCCUGGCCACGAGCCAAGUUCGGCAGCGACCAGGAUCUGAGUGUGGAGCUACUGAACGUGCUUCACAGGCUGAUGGUGACGCGGGAGGGUCCUGAAGUCCAGCUGGCCGUUAUGGAGCUGGUCAGGCAGGUGGUCACUGCCCAACAGGAGCACGUGAAGGAGAAACGCCACAGCGCAGAGGUGGAUGAUGGGGCAGCAGAGAAGGAGACGGUUCCUGAGUUUGGCGAGGGGCGGGACACGGGCGGGCUGGUCCCGGGGCGGUCGCUGGUUUUCGGAGCUCUGGAGCUGUGUCUGUGUGUUCUGGUCCGGAAGCUUCCACAGCUCAGCCCCAAGCUGGCCGGCACCAGCCCCUCGGGCCCCGGUGGCUCGGUCUGGACCCUGAUGGACAGCGACUGUGGACUGGUGACCUCUGCCCUUGCCAUUCUGUCUGACCUGCCCUCCAUCUGCUCCCCAGAAGGGAGUGUGUCUAUCUUGCCCACGGUGCUCUAUCUGCUGAUGGGGGUGUUGAGGGAGCUUGUGCAGCAGCCUGGAGGGGCAGGAGGUGCGGGGGCCUCGGGUCUCCCAGGGGGACAGCUCCCCCAGCCUGGGCCUGGGCUCGGGGGAUGUGGAGGUCUGGGCCUGGUGGUCCGGGGGGCUCUGCAGGCCCUGAAGGCUGUCCUGUCCUCCCCCAUGAGCAGGGCGGAGAAGAGCAGAGGGGCCUGGAGCCACCUUCUGCGCUGUGCUCUCAACACUCUGCUGGACUGCUGGGACUCAGAUCAGCCAGGGUGUGUGGUGGACGAGGUCAGCCUGUUGACAGCCUUGACCAUCUUCCUGCUGACGGCCAGUCCUGAGGUGACUACGGCCGAGCCUCUCCAUACACGCUGCAUUCAGCGCUUCAGAGCCUGCCUGGAAGCCAAGGACCACACGGUGCAGAGCUGUAGCUACCAGUUGCUGACCUCUGUGUUCCAGAGCCAGGGCGGGGUGGGGGGGACCUACAUUCAGGCGUUGGGGUCCUGCGUGGUACGACACCUCCAGGGGGUGGAGAAGAGGAGGCCACAGAGCCCAGAGGAACUGCAGGCUGUCCAAGACGGUGUCCGGGCCUUGGAGGCCCUGGUCCUCGCUGCUGACGAGGCAAACCGUCCACAGCUGGUAGCCAUCUUGCUACCCAUCCUCAUCUCCUUCCUAUUGGACGAGAACGCCCUGGGCUCCUCCCCGGCGCCGGCUCGUUCCCUCCAUGAGUGGUCUCUGAAGGACCUGAUGCGUCUGGGCCCCCAGCACCCGUCUGUGUUCAAGGCCCUCAUGGCCUCUUCCCCGCACCUCAAGGCCCGUCUGGAAGCUGCCGUCAAGGGCAACCAGGAGAGUCUGCACGCCAAGGCCUCCAGCACAGCCCACGGCCCCAGGAAGACCUCCCCAAGCAUCCAGCUCAAAACCAACUUUCUGUGAACCUGGAAGGGAAUGAAGCUGACGUCUUUAAUGAACCCCUUCACCCGACUCAGCCUAACCCAGCCGGGCCUAGCUCAGGCCUGCCAUCCUCUAAAGCUCACUAGUGUAGGCCUUAAUAUCAUUAUCAAGUGAUGCAUGUUUGUAAUACCAGAGCUGAGGACAUUUAGAUCAAAAGAUAUUGGAUAGGGGUAGGCAGUAAGUUGUCAAUGAGCGCCACCUGCCCUAUCACAGGGACGGGCGGGGCUAAAUGUGUCUAUAUGACUGUAGGGUUUAUCAUGUGAACUAGAGAAGGAUUCGAGAUGCGGGGAUCAUUCAUUAUGUGGAGCAGAUCACCCUCAUCAGUAUAUCACAGACUUGUCACUUUAUCACAUUAGGAAAUGGCAUUCACAUAUUGUUCCCCAAUGAUCACACACAAUGCAGUAAGUAGUGUCUAAGGGGUAAAGAGUAGCAAUGUAUAGAAUAAUCUCAUGGUACAGGUAGUUGUAGGGUUUAUGUGGCCAGUUUAACCUUUAUGAGGGAGCAACGGUGUAAAGACAAUGUCAUCAUUCUCACAUCACCUUCCUCUAUAUCCAUGUUCCAACUUCAGCAGUGAACAUCUUAAGAAGUAAUUUGCCAGGCAAGCCACAGAUGUGGCUCGUACCCGUGCACUUGGAACCACUUACUGGUAUCAUGGUACAGUCAUAGUUCUGUGUUGAGUGGAAAUAUGACAGAUCUGUAGCUUCCAUCUUUAUAAGUUCCUUAUACUUAAUUCUCUCAACUGUCCUUGUCAGACUCUACUAUGCCAGCCAACAAACAUGCUUAAUGCUACAGACUGUUAGAGCACAUUAACAGCUUAGCAGUAACAAGAUUGUCAUCAAGCGUCAUACUGUAGACUUGAAUCAUUAUACUAUGCAGUAUUAAGGGUUAUGAAUAAUAGUACAAUAAUAGCCAUGUAAAAAGACCCCAAUUCUUUAUCCAUGACUGUUUUUGUUUUGAUAAUUGAGACAAAAAAUACAGUAUCCACUCAAAGAAAACUGUUAGCAGACAGAACUGCACUUAUAACACUGUGUGACGGUCAGCAUUAUACUCUCUUGCAGCUAUCUGAUCAUAAUCUGACCGCUAUCAUUAACUUGAUGGUCUGUAGAGGCUGCUUAAGGAUGGGGUUGGUAGCAUGAAUUACUUUAUCAUCACAACAUCUUGGCUUUUAUCGGUUACUUCCUGUUUUAGGGUAACUUGAGAUUAAUUUGUUUGAAUUAAUGUACUGUAUGGAUGAACGCUAUCUCCUCUAAACUGAGGCUUUGAUCAAAAGCAUUGGCUGUGGAAUACAUUGGGUUGUCAUCCAGCAUAUGAAUGUUCACUGAAGAGUGACGCUUUACCAUAGUUACAGUUAAUCAUUGGAUGAUAGUCCAGUCACUAAAGUCAAGACUAAAAAGUAUGUAUCUGCAAUAAUCAACAUCGUCCUGUUGACAGCACUACAAUAGAUACGAUGAUACUGUUAUAAUACUAAGCCUGUAUAUCAUGAAGUGACUUGGCAUUUGUUUUGUAAACUGUACAAAUGAAAAUAUUGGUUGGAUAUUAACACAUGAUUUUCUAAUGCCAGUGGGUGAAUAAAGCCUAAUUUUCAUUUAA